CGUAUUAGGAGUGUUAAUACAGAGGGCCAAAACCUUAUUUCUUGUCCAUUUUUCCAUCGAACUUCUUCAUCGUCCCAAAAAUCGACGAUUUGAGGAUCUAAAUUGAGAAAGAAGAAUCAAACUUUCCAGUAAUCGAAUUCCACAGUCACCCGCUCCAGGAUUUCAAAGAGACAUGGCAAACCAGGGAGCUAAGAAGAGAAAGGAAGAGAAUGCCCGUCAUAUGUCAAACAUUCUUCGUUUAAUAAUUGGGUGUAAUGUUGCCUACAUCUUGCUGAGGAUGAUUUUUUAUCAUUCUUCCUUCACUUGGAAGCACUGGGUUGGCCUGAUAUUGACAUCUUUGGCUUAUGCAAUGCCCUAUAAACAACUUGCCAGUAUGGCUAAACCAGCCUACACAAACGAUGGCGAGCUUAUCGAUGGUGGCUUUGAUAUGAGUACCGGAGGAGUUUGUGGGUAUUUGCAUGACUUAAUCUACAUCACAUGUUUUGUUCAGAUUGCCUCACUCAUCUCCGACAAAUUUUGGUAUACGUACUUAGUGAUACCAGGAUUUGCGGCUUAUAAAGCUUCUGGCUUCAUCAAAGGCUUCAUGUCAAACGAUUCGGAGGGCGGGGAGGAGGAUGAAAAGACUCGUAAGAAAAGGGAAAAGAUGGAAAGGAAAGCUUCAAGACCCAAAUUUGCGAAAACACGAACUAGAUAGGCCGGUCUCUCGAGGUAGUAUGUUUUCAACAAAUACGGUGGAAUCAAAUUUGUAGGAUGCAGAUUCUGGUGCAAACAAAAGUUCAGUUCAGGUUUGUAUGCUGUAGACUGUAGUAGUGUCGAUUUUUUCAUCAUCUAGGAUAAAUUUAGAUUAGCCUUGGACUUGUUUAUUUGUUGUAUCUUCAUCCUUUUGGGUUAUGACGAUGAACAUCUCACCUUAAUCUAUAAGGUUUCCAUGUUGUAGGUCUUAUUUUUUCAGAUUUGCUGCGAUAAGACCGAAAUCCAUAAAUCCAUCCUUUUGUUGAUAAAAUUAGCAUCUUUUCACUAUCA